UUAAGUUGAAUGCUUUUUGCGUUUGCUUUCGAUUUCUGCACUUUAAUUUAUUGUGGACCGUUGCUUGAUCAAACAGCUUAUUAUCUAAAUUUGAUGAAUUGGUUAUGAAAUGAUCUGUUUUGAGUUGGGAUAUGUUCAAACCUAGCUGUAUUCCUAUCAAUCCUUCUUUGUAAAACAUGGUUAACAAAAUAUUUGGUGUUGUGGUGGCUAUCUGUGUAAUUUGGUGGCACAAUUUUUGUACACCAUGAAUUUAGGGUUUCUUAGCAACAUUGCUUGGAUUAAAGCUCAGAGUAAUCAAGAAUCAUUGUCAGUUCAAAUUCAAACCAAAAAUUUUACUUCACAAGCCAAACAAGAAUCAUAUGGUAUUGAUCCCAAAUUGUCUGGGUGGCCUUUGUCCUUUCUUUCGUUGUUUCCAUGGGCAAAUAAUGUCGGAGAUAAGUUUCAAAGACCAACUACUAUCAAUAAAGAGUUGAAGAGACAUGCACAAAAUCGUGAAAAUGUUGUUGGAAAAGAUAACGUGGCUGCCCCUUUACGCUUUAGGCCUUAUGUGUGUAAGGUUCCAUGGCAUACAGGGGUUAGAGCAUUUCUUUCACAGUUGUUCCCUCGAUAUGGACAUUAUUGCGGACCAAAUUGGUCAAGUGGGAAAGAUGGUGGAUCUCUUGUUUGGGACAAGCGACCAAUUGAUUGGUUGGAUUACUGUUGUUAUUGCCAUGAUAUAGGGUAUGAUACUCAUGAACAAGCUAAGCUUUUGAAGGCUGAUUUAGCCUUUCUUGAGUGUCUUGAGAAUCGGCAAAUUAUGCGUACUAAAGGAGACCCUAAUAUUGCUCAUGUUUAUAAGACAAUGUGCAUAAAUGGUCUUAAGAAUUUUCUAAUACCUUACAGAACGAAUCUUGUUACUCUACAACAAUAUAGGCAACCUUUGAUUCAGUUUGGAUGGCUAAGCAACUUGAGAUGGAGAAGUUGGAACGAUCAGAAAACACGAAAAUUUAGUUAAUGGGGAAAGUUAAGAGUUACAAAUUGUGAAUUGCAUAUAGUCUUUUUUGCCAAAGUAUGCUUCUUAUAAUCUUUAUGUAUAUAAUAUAUCCUGUCCAUAGUUUGUUUGUAAAUUGAAACUUGUGGUUGUGAUUGACAUAUUCUCUCUUAACAAAUUGUCCAUAGUUUGUUUGUAAAUUGAAAUUUGUGGUUGUACUUGACAUAUUCUCUCUUAACAAGAUUGCCUGUGUGGUAUGAAGAUCUUAGAUGCCACAAAGUAAUUUUGUUAUUAAGGAAUUCAUUAGCUUGUUUCUGUGCUUUAUGCACAAAGUUUUGCAGCUCAAUGCUUAUAUAAUGUGUAGUUUGGUAGGAAGAGUUUACAACA